CCUUUUCCGUUGCAACAUGGCUGCUACGGACCAUUACGAUUCUUCAAACCUUUCUCCCCCCCGAACCGAUCUGCCUCAAAAUAUCGUCUACUGCUGACAAUGAAUAUCUCAGAAGAUCCGAUUACAGGUCAUUACAAAGAGAACGAUGUUGUGACGCCCGGCCAACUAUGCGUCGCAUGCGUUGAAUUCGCUCAAGACUUCCGCAAAUACCUCGAGGAGAUCAUGAUCGAAGGUAUUAGCUCCAUCUACAGUCCCUCUGGUGAAAAUCAUCCGCCUGGGACGAAGGCCGUAUGGCCCAAAACCUUUACUUUUCAUCACAAUCUCCGGAGUCUGAAAUCAUCGCUCGAAGCGGAUUGCCACCUCUGUACUCUCCUAUGGCUCACUAUGCUCUCUCCGCAAUUUCUUGCGGAGCCUGCGACAGGCUUUGAUUGGGAUGGAUCACUCAGUAUACGGGUCGAAUCGAGAAGUUAUAGUUCAGAACGGAGAGGCCAAGAAUUUCAUCUAUCCCUCGUAGAGCCUGGCACAGAAUACGCACUUUCUUCAGGGUUCGCAGUGCUUGAUCUCAAUUUAGGCGUACAGGUUGUCUCAAAGACCUCGUCUGAACAACGGGAUCGACAUAUUCCAGCGAAGGAGGCCUUCAGCGUGUGGACAGGUUCUCCUACUAGCCUGAAGCUCGCUAAAUCGUGGAUUGAAAGCUGUGUCACAGAGCAUGCAGCUUGUGGAGCAGCCUCAAGCAGCCAUAAGAACGCAGGCUCUCGACCAACUCGGCUUGUCGAUGUGAGUUCCGGCACAGAAUUCGUCCGCGUUUGCAGCGCCCCCACGGAGGAAGUUCGGACGGCCGACCAGCAACCAAGAGAUCGCCAGUCUCCAAUUCAUGUAGAUUAUGUCACAUUGAGUCAUGCCUGGGGCGGAGCUGAGUUCGUCAAGUUGACGACGCAAAACUACGCUCGAUUAUGUGAUGGGUUUUCAAUUCAAGAGUUACCAAAGACAUGGCGAGACGCUAUCUGUCUUACACGGUCACUCGGAUACCGAUACAUCUGGAUUGACGCCUUGUGCAUCAUUCAAGAUUCUUUAUGCGACUGGGAAGUCGAAUCAGGCUUGAUGGGCCAAGUUUAUGAGCACUGUCACGUAAACAUUGCCGCUCUGGGAAGUACAUCGAGCAACGAUGGCCUUUUUAGAUUUCGGAAUCCCCUCAUGUUCAAGAAUUCCUGUCUUCGAGACGCUCUCGGUAGUUCCGGAUGGCCAAAUAACCAUUACCUUGCUAUGGCUGUCAUAAGGCCACCGAAUUAUCAUGGCUGGGACUUCGAACAUUCGUUACAUCACGCGGGAGACCUCGACUACAUCAUCUCCCUGAAAAAUGAGCCACUCAACAAAAGGGGAUGGGUCAUUCAAGAACGCGGUCUCUCUCCUCGAACGCUAUAUUUUGGAAAGGCUGGUCUUUUCUGGGACUGUCGAGAAAAGGAGAGACAGGAGAUGUGGGCGGACACACUAGGCUGGGGGCCUCAUUUUCGCGACCCUGAGCCAACGAACUCGAAGAAGGUAUUCUCCUGGCAAUUGACGUACUCCGAUCCAACAGAGCAAAGAGUAUCGCUCAGGUAUAUGGGCUGGCGAGAGCUCAUCAGGGAGUACUGUGCUGCGGAACUCUCCUUCGAGUCCGAUAGACUCCCAGCCAUAUCUGGUCUAGCGAGGCUCAUUGCAGCAAAUCCAGACAUGAAGUGCGCAUACUAUGCUGGCAUCUGGGAAAAGUGGCAGAUAGACGAUCUGUUGUGGUGCAUCAAAGAGCCUGUUGCAUACGAUACGGAAGCUGUCGACCCUAACGUCCAUCGAGCGCCUAUUUCCUUCUCGUGGGCUUCAAUUGGAGGACCGUGCAGAAUAUGUUGGCCAUUUAGCGAGUAUCAGCUCACAGGGAAACCGAAGCAGAUCCUAUAUAGUGCCCAAGCGGUUGGGCGUUGUGUCCCUUUUCGACCUGCAGCAUUUAUGACGGCUGACUGGAAAAGUGACGGACAAUUUGGACGCAUAGUAUCAGCAUCAUUCACUCUCUCAUGCUUGAUUUGCCCGUUAUCUCAGACCGAGGUAGAGGAGUGGAGUGAGCGGGGGCGACAAGGAGAUUUGUAUAAGCUUAAAGAUCAUCAAAAGGCGAGACGGGAGACGGGAAUCAAGUCAUUCCCGGACAAGGAAGAGGGCAAGCAUGUUGCAACUCACAGGGCCUCUCUUGCUAAUUUGGACUUGAUCGAGCCAGAUCAAAGCUACCGUCACAACGAAGAUUUUAUCGUUGACUUUGGCCUGAUCCUAUCAGCGAGUGGCAAUGGUUUGCAGAAAAACGCUACCUAUAGACGUUUGGGCAUGUACUAUGAUACCUUCUACGAAGAAUCAUACGUUAAGACCCGGAGAGGCAUGUAUCAACACGCUAGUGUCACACUUAUCUGACUCAGGCGGAAAGCAUGGUUACUAUACUCGUGCAGAAUUGAGGAGGCUUUCUUGCGUGGGAGAACAUUUUGGCCAAAUCCAACUCAGUUUGAACAUCACUUUUCCAACUCUCUUCGAAAAUUGACUGUCCCAAGCCUCGAU